AUGCUUUAUCACAAUAAUCCUGAAACUUUCAAGUGUCUGUCAUGUAAUCGAACAUAUGCAUGUGAAGCCAACUUGCGUUCUCAUAAUCGCAAGACUCUGUCUUACAGAAACUUUAGCACCCAUCGUUGGGCCAUGCAUAAUCGCCAAAAAUCUUACACCUGUCAAAUUUGUGGUGAAAGUUUUCGACUUGCCUCCAUGUUGCGUAAUCAUCUAGAUGGCCAUGCAGCACAUAAACAGGUCCAUCACGAUCAACAAGGCAUUGAAUCCAAGUUCAAGCGUCGUCUAACCCAUGCUUGCUCAUGGUGUUCGGAGAAGUUUGCCUAUGCCUCGUGUUUAAAGAUUCACAUGCAAAAAGUACAUCCGGGUAAACGAAUGCAGAAGAGUCGCAUUUCCUGUACGCUGUGUCCCUUGAAAUUCUCAAAUCCCUUACAUUUUCGCUUACACUUACGCAAGAAGCAUGGAAAAACUUCUCUGGAAAUCAAGGAAGAGUUUGCGGAAGAAGAUGCUGAAGAUUCGAUGUAA